AUGAAUAAAUUUUAUAUUCAAAAUAUUUUUUUUCUUUUAAGUAUUUUCAUAUAUGGGAAUAAUAAAGCCCUUGCAUCUGAAUGGGCUCUAAGAAAAAAAACAACAUCUGAACAAUUAUCAUCUCUAUAUCCUACUCCAGAAGAAAUAUAUGAAAAAAACAAGCAUCUAUUAUGUACAAAUCAGGAAGAAACAAAGCAAGCGACCGAACUUAUGAACGAAGCUUUAACACAUUUAGAAUAUCAUGCUACAGAUGAUAAUGGUUAUAUUAAAUAUCAAUCACCAUUUAAAUUUACUACGGAUGCACAUAAAAAAACACAUGGAGACAAUACAAAUAUUCUAAGAAUACGUUUAAAAUUAGCUAACCUCAAUUCGUAUAAUAAUGCAAUAAACAAGUUAUGGGAUCCCGAUACUCCCAAAAUUUUCAAUAAAGGCUUUGGUAAAGUUGCCCGUGUGUACGAUCCAAAUUUAGUAAUAAUACAGCAACGCUACGAAAAAGAUUCUAAAAAACCUCAGAAAUAUUUUUAUGCUUUAGUCAAAAGAGCUCAGAUAUCAGAAAACGUAACUAUAAUUGUCACGGUUUCAGCAAAUAUAAAUGAUGGACAUCCUUCCACUAAAGAAUAUAAAAACACAAUAAUAGAAAAUGCAAAUUUAUUCAAAAUUGACAUUGAUUCUGAAAAUGAUAUUAAAAAAGGAAAAUUAGAAAAAGUAUUUGUUAACAUGACUGGAUAUCUCAUUGAAAAAAAAACCGAUCAUAUUUAUGUUACCUAUGUCGGAUCUAUUCAGGGACAUUCUGCCGUUUAA